GUUGCAAUCUGAAUUGAUGGCUCUUAUGAUGAGUGGUGACUCUGGAAUAUCUGCAUUUCCUGAAGAAGACAACAUAUUCUGCUGGAAAGGGACAAUAAGUGGCAGCAAAGAUACUGUAUUUGAAGGAACAGAAUACAAGCUCUCUCUUUCAUUUCCUGCUGAUUACCCUUUUAAACCACCAAAGGUCAAAUUUGAGACUGGUUGCUUUCAUCCCAAUGUUGAUGUGUAUGGCAACAUUUGCUUAGACAUUCUUCAGGAUAAGUGGUCAUCUGCUUAUGAUGUGAGGACUAUACUAAUUUCAAUUCAGAGUUUGCUUGGAGAGCCUAACAUAAGCUCACCUCUGAACACUCAAGCUGCUGCUCUUUGGUGCAAUCAAGAAGAAUACAGGAAGAUGGUUGAGAAGCUAUACAAGCCUAGUGUGUAGUAACUUAGUUGCUGGUUGCAGAAUUGUUAUUUUUUUUCUUCAUAUGGAUGGAACAAAUGUAGUUGAGAUUGUUUAGUUGCUAUUUCCUGUUGAUUUUGGAGAAUCCUCUCUUCAUAUGUAUGAGAAAGAGGAAAGGGGUUGUGUACUAUCUCUCACAAAAAUAUGAGAAUAUAGAGCACCAUUUCUAUUUUUUUUAAA